GACAUUCAAUUCAGAAAUAAUUGGUAAAUAUGAAACUGUCUGUGGGACUGUUUUUGCAUUUAAUGAACAAGAAAUUCGUCUUUGGUCUAUGUCAGAUUAUGUGGCUUGUGCAGAAGAUGGCUGGGGAGCAGAAAGCUUUAGAGGCGAAACUGCUAGCCUGUAUAUCCAGGCCUGGAUACUGGAAUCUUGUAAUAAGCAUUUCUCAACACACUUCACAGUGGAUAAGAGCGACACAAACACUGUCGACCGAGUGAACCUUGAUUCGGUGUAUAAUCUUGAUUCCACAUUAGUUUCAGUUCAUAUGAAAGUAUUAUCUCCAAGCAACGAGGGAUACAUGUUUCAUGCUGGCGGUAGCGCCAUGAUUGAUACCUCCAAUGACCCAUAUGGAGCUAUAAUAUACGGAUACAAUGAGACAGAAGUUAUGCUCUGGAGACCAUCCCCGACAAAUACAAAUGGACAUUUGGUUUACGUGGGUAGAGAAUGGGGUGACGGGCAAAGUAAUCAAGAAAGUGACGUUGUGGAAGUCAUCGUUAAAGUUAUUGACAUUACAGGCACGCCUUGUAAUAGAACGGAAUUUUGUUCGCCUGACUGGUCAAAGACAAGAUGCGUAUCUACAGAUUGUCCGAUCCCUCCUGACAUUGUUAAUGCAUAUAAACUAUAUGAUGGAGUAAAUAAUGGUAGCAAGGCUUUGUACUCUUGUAAGACUGGGUUCACUGAAAGUUCCAAAGACGUAAUAACUAAUUGUGUAGAUGGCACAUGGUCUAUGACAUCAAUGUUCUGCAAAGUCGUUUGCUCACCACCUCCCGCUGUUGAAAAUGCAGCAGUUCUUGUGCAGGACAAUAGAGCAAAAUAUUUCUGCUUAACGGGAUAUUUCACAAUGAAAAAUACAGUUGACGUCAUUGAAUGCAUAAACAGUACCUGGCCGUCCACUGACUUUAAAUGUAUAAAAUCUUGUCCUGAUCCUCCCAUCAUUGCUAACGCUGACGUCAUGGUCUCUGACAAUGUUGCUUUAUACUCUUGUCGUCAGGGUUUUCUUCCAAAAUCUGGAAACAACUCAAUAAAAUGCUUACAAUCUGAGUGGCAGAAAACAAACUUCACCUGCUAUG